AUGGAUAUUGAAUCGUCGUCAUCAAAUAUUGAUGAACUAUCAAAUCGUAACAAUAAUUCAAAUGAUACAAACGAAGAAUCAUCAAGUACUCAUCUUUCAACAUCAAAUAUAAUUGGUACACAUCCAAAUGAAAUAAUAACAAGUAUAAAUCCUGAUAAUGGUUAUCCUGUUCGACAAGAAAAUGGUCAACGUAAAACAGGUCCGCCACCUGAUUGGCCAACAACACGUCAACCACCAAGUCGGGGUUGUGAAGUAUUUGUUGGCAAAUUACCUCGUGAUUGUUUUGAAUCAGAAUUAUUUCCAUUAUUUGAACGUUGUGGACAAAUUUAUGAAAUGCGUUUAAUGAUGGAUUUUUCAGGUUAUAAUCGUGGUUAUGCAUUUAUAACAUAUACAAAUCGUGAUGAUGCUAAACGUUGUGUUAAAGAAUUAAAUAAUUAUGAAAUACGUUCAAAUCAUUUAAUUGGUGUAUGUCAAUCUGUUGAUAAUUGUCGUUUAUUUGUUGGUGGAAUACCUAAAACAAAAAAACGUGAAGAAAUACUUGAAGAAAUGUGUAAAGUAACUGAAGGUGUUGUUGAUGUUAUUGUUUAUCCAAGUGCAAAUGAUAAAACAAAAAAUCGUGGUUUUGCUUUUGUUGAAUAUGAAAGUCAUCGAUCAGCAGCUAUGGCUAGAAGAAAAUUAUUACCAGGUAAUAUUCAAUUAUGGGGACAACAAAUAGCUGUUGAUUGGGCGGAACCAGAAAAUCAAGUUGAUGAAGAUAUUAUGGCAAAUGUUCGAGUUCUUUAUGUACGAAAUUUAAUGAUGAGUACAACAGAAGAACAAAUAAAAGAAGUUUUUGAACGAUUUAAACCAAAUUCAAUUGAACGUGUCAAAAAAUUAAAAGAUUAUGCAUUCGUGCAUUUUAAACAACGUGAUGAUGCUUUACAUGCUAUGAAUCUUAUGAAUGGUUGUGAAUUGGAUGGAUCGAUUGUGGAAGUUACAUUAGCUAAACCAGUCGAUAAAAAUCAAUACUUUAGAUUUACACGUGGUGUUAGUCCAUCUGCAUUGACUGCCAACUUACCAUUUGCAAUACCAGCUGGUACUAUUGGUCCAGCUACUGCAUUUGAUUUCACAGCUAUACCAUACUUAACCAUUCCCACAACAAAUACAACACAAAUGCAAAUGACCAAUGGUACAACAGUGAUUCCUGUGGCUGUAAAUCCUCUUCAACAAAAAAGUAUUCGUCGAUGUGUGAAUGCUACCGGUCGUCUAUCUACAAAUGGAAAUACAAGUCCACCAUUAUUAAAUCGAACAAAUCCAACAGGCGUUCUUUCAUCAUCAUCUCGUCCAAGUCAACCAUCACCAAAUAUAGUUCAUCAUCGUGGUGCUUAUUAUACAAUUCUUCGUCCAACAUCACGUCGAACUGAUAUUUCAUUUACUCCAACAGCAUUCGGUUUUCCUUCCGGAACUCCUUUAUUUCAACCAGCUGCGUUAUUUCCUCAUCCACUUUUUGCUGGACAUCCAGCUAAUGCUCAACCAUUUCCUCAACAAUCAUUUGUUUUUGCAACAACAGGCAAUAAUGGACAAACUCAACAAUUUUUCCAAGCUCAUCCUCAACCAAAUUUUGCUUUUCCAUUUAUAUUAACUUCACCAUUAGCAACACCACAAACUCAAACAUCAACUAAUCCUGAAACACCAGUUUAUAAUUAUACAACACCAACACCAACGGUUUCAACUACAGAGAGUAGUACUUAUUCGGCUUAA